GCAGUGGCUAUGGAGGAGCCCGAGAUGCAACUCAAGGGGAAGAAAGUCACAGACAAAUUCACCGAGAGCGUGUACGUGCUGGCCAACGAGCCGUCGGUGGCCCUGUACCGGCUGCAGGAGCAUGUGCGUCGCUCCCUGCCUGAGCUGGCCCAGCACAAGGCUGACAUGCAGCGGUGGGAGGAGCAGAGCCAAGGGGCCAUCUACACAGUGGAGUAUGCUUGCAGCGCAGUGAAGAACCUUGUGGACAGCAGUGUCUACUUCCGCAGCGUCGAGGGGCUGCUCAGACAGGCUAUCAGCAUCCGGGACCACAUGAACGCCUCUGCUGCCCAGGGCCACAGGUAGUCCCUGGCGCCUGCUGCCACUGCCACUGUGCUGUGAGGACCAUCACCCAGGAGCUG